UUAUUCUAUAUUGGAGUAUUUAUAGUAAAGUUAUAAUUUUUUUCCGCUAGGUUACUUGGAAAGAUCGACUGGCUAGUUGUGUUGCUACGAUGCAUAGAGUUUUCCUCUCCGUUUUAGCACUUUUCGUAUUCCAAGCUUCAACUGAAGAUCUACCCUCCUUUAUACACGUGUGUCAGAAAAGCGACCCAAAUUUGAUACAAUGUUUAAUGGCAGCCGUAGAAGACGUGAGACCGUUUUUUGUAGAUGGGGUUCCCGAAUACAAUAUUCCUAAGUUAGAGCCACUUAUUAUGAAAGAUUUCUUCUCUGAAGAAGCAGCAGGGAUGAAAAUCACGGUUUCGGAUGUCAGUGCUUGGGGAUGUUCUGACUAUUUAGUUAGGUCAAUGGAAGUUGAUAUGGAUAAUCAUCAUUUCAUAGUAAAUAUUGAAAUUCCUAAAUUAAGAAUCGAGGCUCAUUACAACGUCGAUGGCAAGCUGGUUGUAAUGCCUAUAAAGGGAGAUGGACACAUAGAGAUAAACAUCACUGACGUCACUGCUAGAUCAGAACUUAUGGGAGUACAAUUUGAAAAAGACGGCCAAAAUCAUUUAAGAUUUGAUAAAUUUGAUAUAGAGGUUAAGGUAGGGGGAGGAAUGGCUAGAGUAGAAAAUUUGUUUAAUGGAGAUAAAGUGUUAUUGGGGAUGGUAAAUGACGUAGUCAACAAAAAUUUCGAUAUGUUUUUAAGGGAGCUCUUACCGAUUAUUCAGAGACAACUAGGGGUAGUUUUUAAAGAAGCUGCGAAUGCUAUCGUUGAAAGAUUCGCAUACGAACAACUGUUCCCUUAGGAUCUCAAGAUAAGGUGUAUAUCUACUUAAAAUAAAAGCCUCCAAUCCAAGACAAUUUUUGUAUUUAAAUAAGUUAUAUUAUGUAACUAAGUGAAUGUGCAUAGUGAGAAUAAUAAUAAAGAGUUUUAUUUUA